AUGCUCUCCUCCCACCGCUGUGCAGCGAGGGAGCUGCUUGCCUCGGCAUCGCACUCGAGCUCUCGUCUUGCCGGCUCUUCAGGCUCGCGGCAUUCGUCCACCGCUGUCGCCGCGUCCAACGGUGCACUCUCGUCGACCAUUACUAGUAGUCGCCAGUCACUCGCUCAAAUUCGCAACUCGACUGCUUAUGUCGCCCGCUAUCGCACGCUCGGUGCCUCCGCACAUCCCUUGCUCCCAUCCGCUACCACAAAUGCGAGCAACGCGGCGUCGCAUGCCGUGUCCACUUCGUCCGACAGCCCCGCAGCCAGUAUCACACCAUCACGGCCGAGCACCAGCCAAGCCGGUCAGAACCCAUCCACUUCCGAGACGUCGAGAUCCACUAGUGCUGCAGACCAGCUCGAUGAUACAUGGGCAUUUGGCGGCGGUGCCAAGAGUCAAGGUGGCCCCGUUGCUGCAAAUGGAGAAGGCAAUGCGGCAACAUCUCAGACGAGACCAGCUAAUGCACCCAUCGUCAUGGGAAGUGCCGGCAAAGGUGCCGUCGCCAACUAUGGUAAACGCAAAAUAAGCUCCAUCAAAGUCCCGCCUCCAGCCUCAUCCAGCGCAUCGCCGUCUUCAGCAACACCAACAGCAGCUGCUUCAGCCGCCACCGAGCAACAACACGCUCAUCGGUACGAGCACCGCUAUUCGCCCUCCACCCGCAGCGAGCAGCCUCUGCCUCAGCAUACCUACUUUUCAUCCCCCUCGUCCUCUUUCAAUGCUUCGUCCUUUGUCGCUCCUGGCACACAACCUCCCCUGGGUGGCGCGGCCACCGGCGGAGUGGGCGAAGGUCAUGCAGGGAUCGGAAUCGUGCGCAAGAAGACGGCCCUUAUCUUUCCUGGUCAAGGCUCCCAGUAUGUUGCCAUGUCCAAGGACCUCUACAAAGCAUUUCGCUCGGCCAGAUCCAUCUGGCAUCAGGCCGAAGAAGCACUCAUGAUGACUCCCGGCAUUCACUCGCAUCAUUACAUUCAAGGUGACCGCGCCACCAGCGCAGAGCAGAGAGAACUCUUCGAAGCCGAACUGGCAAAGACGCGUCAGCUCGACCCGAGACAGGGCCUGUCCGCCAGUGGCACAGCGAUAGCGAGGAGUCGCAGGGGUUGGCUCAGAGAUCUCGUCUUUUCUGGUGACCAGCUCGAGCUGACGCGCGCUGAAAAUGCACAACCUGCCAUUCUCACAUGCACUCUCGCCUUCCUGCAGGUGCUUCGCAAGGAGUUCUCAAUCGAUCUCGUCCAGGAUCAUGUGCAGUGGGCUGCGGGACAUGGCUCGGGCGUCUAUGCAGCCCUGGUGGGUUCCGGCGCAAUGGAUCUGCACGAUGCGGUGCGUUUGUUGCGCCAUCGCGGUCUGGUCGCAUCACACUUUACGGCCAAUCACCCGGUGCUGUUCCCUCCGGGCUGUAACAAGCCUGAAAGCAUCUACGAAACCUGGGCUUUUGCCAACGCAGGACUCGGCAAGGGCGCCGACUUGCUGUACGAGGAGGAAGGCGCCUCCGCCUCGAGCGACGAGGCCAGGGCGAAGCCCGGAUGGAAACGCACCCAAAUGUCUGGUGUGGUUGUGCGUCCAGGCAAGCUCAAGGCCGUGAUUCGAGAGGUGGAGCAGGUGGCACAGGACAUUCGCAACGGCAAGGUGCCCUCGGUGGCGCGCGACGAAGUGGUCGAGGUGGCCAACAUCAACAGUCAGCUUCAGAUUGUGCUUUCGGGCACGCUGGUUGGUGUUUCGUACUGCUGCGACCGUCUGCGCUCCAAGAAUCUCGGGGCGCGUGCUGUCAAUUUGCCAGUGUCGGGUGCGUAUCACUCGAGUCUGAUGCUUGAGGCCUCAGACUUCUUGCGACCGGCUGUCAAGCACAUGCCGCUGUCCGAUCCGAAGGACUUCUCGCUCGUAUCGUCCAAAGAUGGUAGCGUGGUCAACAGCAGCGACGCAAUCCGCGAAACCCUGGCAGGGGCGUUCCGAAGCCCUGUCCACUGGCUCAGCUCGGUGGAUACGUUGCUGGCGCAGGGCGUGGAGCGGUUCGUAUGCUUGGGACCUGGACGCGCGUGUGCGCAUCUGUUGAGCAAGGAGCUGGCUUACAGGGACAAGCAAAAGGAGGCGAAGGGGGAUCACUCGGAUUCCGGGUAUGAGGUUUGGUCGCUGGCGACAGUGGAGGAUGUGGAGCAGCUGGCCGAGGUGCUGGCGGAUGUGUCGCAGCGCUCGGGGCUGGUGCCGCCUCAGGCGGUGUUUGAUUCGGAUCAACUCGUUGCCGACUGA